GUCAGAAGCUCAAUGGGCUGACAUGCUCCGAUCACCAGCAUGAGAACUGCAUCUUCGAUGAGUUGUCGAUUUGGGAGCUUUACUUAGGUAUGCACGUUCGACUGCAUUUCACCUGGCUUACCUUGAUGAUCCUGUGGCGAUUUGGCAGGUUCAUGUCCCUGGCUGAUGGCGUUGAUUGUCCGGAGAACAUGCUGGGCUGUGUUACGUUUUUCUACACCUUCGAGGCAUUCUGGCGCAUCUGGCACGCCUCCAUGAACCGCUUUAUGCUCCGAUAUCUUUAUGUUCCUGUUGGUGGGAAGAAGCGCAGUUGGCUGGCGGUGCCCAUGGUCUUCGGCUUUGUCGCUUACUGGCACGAGAGCACGGGGUUCCUGACUCGGCCGGCCUGGUAUGCCUGGGGAUUCCUGAAUGCCUUCGGCGUAACUGCGGAGAAAGCCUUGGCCACCACCGUGGGAAGGCAGUUGGCCAAGGGCGAGGCAGAUGGGAGUUGGCUCGCUUGCAUACUGGUCUUCCUGGGAAAGGGUGUAGGCCCUAUUUUUCUGAUUCUGGUGAACGUCCCGGCCAUCUUUUACGAGAACUCCUGGAAAUUUUACAUGAGCUUUUUCAACCGAGGCUGGGAGACAGUAGUUCUGUUGUGGACACUAGUCCUCACCUUCGGCUGCACGGCCGUGCUGGUGGAUGCUUUCCGGGAAGAGGAGACGACGCCCCAGCGUGCUCCACUCACAUCUGCACGGAGGGUUCCCGAAGAUCUCGCCGAGCUCGCGCCUGGUCAGCAGAAAGGUUCGCACAUGCUUCUCGCCACCUACGAAUCCACGGCAUGCUGCCUUUGGGAUGUGCGCUCGCCACGCCAGCCACUGUUCUCCUGCUAUGCAGGAGAUCCUCAGAGUCCAGCCAUCUGCUCUGCAGUGUUAUGGCGGAAGGCGUGGGUCGCCUGCGCUGGUGGCCGCAUCAGCCAAAUACGACUUCGCGCGGAUGGCCUCGAGGUUGCGCGAUCGGUGAGAGCCGCACCAACACCCUAUGGUCAGCCGCUGGAGCAGCCCGUGUACAAAGAUGACAAGCAAGGCGUCAACGCAUUUGCUGUCCGGCCCGACCUUCGUUUGGUGGCCGCCGCACGCUGGGAUCGACGCGUCGAGCUCUUUGAUGCCAAGACAGCCACUUCUCUCGGGCGCCUGGCAUGUCACGAUGGGGGUGUGCUUUGUGUUUCCUUCGACCGCCAGCGGGGUGCUCUCGCUGCAGGGGGCGAGGAUGGCCGAAUUGCAGUUUGGGGCCUUUUCAGCGAGACUUACGAGGGGCCUUUUUCGUCGGCAGCUGCACAGGUACUUGGGCAACAAAGCCAGGAAAAGCCUCCAGCCGAAGGCUGGCUCCUUCUGGUGGCAGCCGUGUGCUCCACCUCUGGUCAGACCACUGACGUGAGCACAAAGCCAUCCAAGAGCCGCCUUGGCGGCAGAAGGAGCAAGGUGGCGCAUGGCCGUGAUGGCGACCACACAACCUUUCGAUUUCUUGCCGUUUGUGAACUGCGCAUUUGA